UUUGAUAUUCAUGAAUAUGCAAUGACUGUUUCCGGCUUAAAUUUCUAUCCCUAUCCCUAUUCAAGUUAGAUUCGUACACUGUCAUAGUUCUAUAGCUUUGUCAUUUGGCAUUAAGCAUUCGAUCUGUGAGAUUUCUACGCUAAAGUUUACAUAUUGUUAUUGGCAAUGUUGUAAUCCAUCCAAGACAGUUGCGAUUAAUAUAAGAAAUCGUGUAGAUGCAUCAAGCGAAUAAUAUUUCUGUGAAAUCAAAUGCAUUUAGAGUGUUAAAUAAUUUGAUUGAGACAAGAUGUACAAUGGCAUCGGACUUCAAACUCCACGCGGUUCUGGAACUAAUGGACAUGUUCAGAGAAAUUGGGCAAUCGUGCGUAAGAACAAAGACAAGGUUACUUACAAGACGGACGAUUCAAAAAUCGACCAGUUGAAUAAGCAGCCGAAUAAAGAAAUUCUAGAUCAUGUCAGAAAGAGAAAGGUCGAAGUCAAGUGCGCCGAGCUGGCUGACAUUUUGGAGGACCAAGGAUUUACGAGUGAGGAGAUAAACAACAAGGUGGAGUCCUACAGAUCAUUGUUAAUGGGGAGCGAUAUCAAAUCAUCCACUCCACAGGAUGAAUUCGGCCGUAUUAACGUACGGGAGACACACCAGAUCGCCGAGGCGCAGCAGGAGAAGAACGCGAAGCUGCGGGAGGCAUUCGGCAUCUCCAAGUACUUCGUGGAGGGCAGUAGCCUAGAUCCGGAGCGGCGCGCGCGCGAGGCGGAGGCACGAGCCGCCGCGGCCGCUGCGAGUAAGGUCUACGAGCUGGUGCGCACGCCGAGCCCGGCGCCGCCGCCGCCGCAGCCGCCUCCGCUGCCACCGGACACGACCUCCGCCGUAGCCGGCGCGGAGAAGAAGAAGCGAAAGCGCUCCGGCAGCACGAGCACGAAAAAGAAGAAGAACAAGAAGCACAAAGCGCGGGAAAGGUCCGAAAGUCCGGCCGUCAAAUCCGGCAAGAAGAAAGAGAAGAAAAAAAAGAAGGAGAAGAAGCACAAGAAGGCCGAAGUCACGUCAUCAGAUUCCAGCGAAAAUUCCGACGAUAGCAACUCGUCCGAGGCUGAGUCGAAGAAGAGGAAGAAGAAAAAAAAGAAAAAGCUCAAAGUCGGGGGAAAAGACAAGCAUGAGAAAAAGAAGAGUUCAACUAAACAGAAACGCCAAUCAUCCGAAAGCUCCACGGAUAGCUCUGUGGAAAAACCGAAAAAGUCUACGAAACAUGAGAAAAAUAUUGCGGUGGACAAGGCGUCUAGAAACGAGAUUUCCGAAAAUGUCGCGAUUUCCUCGCGAGAACCUCCUUCUCGAUCGACCCGAUCGCCGAAACGUGCGGACCGAACAAUAUCUCGAAACGAGACCCCGCCGUUGCCGCCAUCGUCUACUAAAUCAAAGAAAGACUCUCCGUCAAAGAAAAGCAUGGCGGAGAAACGGGAUAAGUCGCCAGUUAGCCACAACAGAAGUUCCCCGCCAUUGCAGAAACGACACAGAUCAUCCUCUAGAAGCAGGGGCGAUAGAGGAGGAGGAGGUGGUGGUGGUGGUAGUGGUGGUGGAGGAGGAGGAGGAGGAGGAAGAUCUCCUAGGAGGUAUUCGAGGUCGCGUCGCGCGAGUCCGUCUCCCAAACGAAGAUGGGGAUAUUCCAGAUCGCCCAGGAGGCACAGUAGAUACUCCACAUCUAGGAGCAGAAGUCGCUCCAGGUACGAUCGUUACGGAUCUUCCCGCAGGAGGCCCACAUCACCCUCGACGAGGCGUAGAGAGGCCGAUUCUCGACGUAGAUCGCGCUCACCGAGGCGACAUCAACGUCGACGGUCCCGAUCACGAUCCACCUUGAGCUAUUCGCCGGUGAGAAAGAAUCCAGAGCGUUACAGGGACAUCCUGGAAGACCGAAAGCAGCGGCAGGAUCAGAAGAGGAAAACAAAGAGCAAUAAGAUAAAGUCGCGUUCGACAUCGCGAAGCAGGAGAACACAACAGAUAGCGGUCGCGCCUAGGGUGAGUCUGAGGUCGUCGAGCGAAGAUGAAGCUGAUCUAGCGGAUGACGAACAACCUGGCAAGCAACAGCAACAGCAGCAAGAAGAAGACGAAGAGAGGACGAGAAUUAUAGAACUAAACACUUUGAAACGAUUGCAGAGCGGAUUAGCAGCGAAGGCGCGGGAGACGCUAGAAAAGAAGGUGAUCACUCCCGUAAAGAUCAAGAUUGAGAGGCGAGAAGACAGUGUGUUAGAUAUCGCUCUGCCGAAUGAACCGCCAAAAAUCAUCGCGCCAAUUCGAGAUAGAUCUGAGGAACCGGUACAACAGGCUCUUCCGAUCAUUCAAUCGCCUGUAUCCAGCAGGUCGCCCUCGCCAGCUUUACCUCUCACCCGCGAGGAGGCAGCGAUCAAAAUUAGAUCGCCGAGCGAGUCACCACCGCCAUUGCCCUUACCUCAGCAAUCCAGUGGAGAGAAGGUUGAUUCCGCACCUUCUGGCGGCGUGAAGAUCAAAAUGAAUCGUCGAUCAUCGAGAUCGCCAAAUUUCUCCGGCAAGAAAGACUUGACGCCGAUCGCGUCAUCGAGGAAAGAGCACGUAUCCAAGAGUAAAUCGUCUUCUCGUUCUCCCGUGCCGACGAUUAUAUCCAGAGAGGAAAACACGACGAUGAAACUGCGUUCGCCAAGCGAAUCACCGCCGCCAUUGCCGAGCGUUUCACUAGCUAGAUCAAAUCAGCGUUCGAGGACGCCGAAGAAAAGCAAAUCCUAUUCUAGAUCGGCGUCGAGAUCGUGCACGAGGUCACCGUCCGUGAAUAAAGCGAGAUCUUCCAGAUCUCCGUUCGGAGACAAGAAAUCGCGAUCCCGUUCACGGGGCAAAAAAUCGGCCUCGCCUGAUCGGCGACGAUCGAUCUCCAGAUCGGUCUCUAGGACGAAAAAAUCGUCACCCAAAACAAGAACGAAACGCUCAUCUCGAUCGAGGUCUUCCUCGACGGAAUCGAAGCGUACAAGCGCGUCGAGAUCGCCCUCGAGAUGCAAGAAAUCCGCUUCGCGAUCCAGAAGCAGGAAUCGAUCGUUAUCAAAGAGAAGAUCCCGCAGCCGCUCCUCUCUGUCAAAGAACUCUAGAAGCAGAUCGCUAUCGCAGAAGAGGUCGCGCAGCCGUUCGCUGUCCAAGAAAUCCAAGAGUCGCUCGCGAUCGGCGUCGAGAACAUCCAGGGACAAGGAGAAACGCAGCCGUACAAGGAGCAGUUCGCGUUCUUCCGUUCGCUCGAGACAUAGUCGAAGCAGAAGCUUUUCCAGCUCGUCAAGAUCAUCGAGCAGCGCCUCCAGUCGAUCGUCUCGUUCCAGUUCUAGUAGUUCUGCCUCCACUAGAUCACGCUCGCCGUCUAUACCCCGACGUCACGGUUCACCCAGCUUCCUCGACAGACGUCGCAUCACAAGUGCGAGGAAACGUCCAAUUCCGUAUCAUCGACCCACACCGACGCCACCCUCGUCGCCGAGUAGCAGCAGACAUAGCAAUUGCUCCAGUACGCGUCAUCGAUCUAGUUGUUCCGCGAGUCGCAGUUCGUCUUACACGCGUUAAGACACGCGUUGUAUAAAUUCCUGAUCUCGGAAGCCGAUAUUCCUCCUCGUAUACUGGACUCGGAGCGGCGUAGCCCUGAUCCUUUACCUGACUCGGAACCAUCGAGUUUUUUCGCUAAUUGAUUCUCGAAUGAUAUUAAUUUAAAUAUGAAAAUGCUGGGUUUUGUAUGGAAGGGGUCGAAAAAUGUUCCCAGAAGACGAGUUAAGGCUCUGUUAGGUUUUUUUUUUUUUUCUGCAACGACAGAUUGCAUCGGGUGUCCCGUAACGCAGGCACAUGUAAUUACUUUUUGCGAAACUCUGAAAGUCGUUCUUUUUCUCUCAGGUAUUAUUCGAAUGGCGUGUUAUUUAAUGGAUUUAAUUUCACGUGUUUAAUAGAAAGGAAUUAAUUUUUGAAUGGAAACGCCAUCCCGAGCAUAGUGCAUAAGUAUGAAUCCGCGUUGCAUUUAUUCAUUUUUUCUUACAACACAAAGUAUCAUUCAACCGACUUUCCAUUCAUAAAAAAAAAUAGUUGCAAACGUCGGUAUAUUCUUCGUCGUAUUGAUAUCAUCCACUUAGAUGAUCUUUCUAUCGGGAAAGAUAUUGACAUUUCUCGAUCAAUUUGCUAUUUAUUUCAGAAUUUUCAUUUUCGAGCGCGUUAUAAUUCUACGAUCAUCUAGUUUAAUAUUAACAAAAUAUCGCGGAGGAAAUUGAAUAUCAAUGUAGAUUUUAAUGUAUUAUACUCUCUCUCCCCUUCUAGUCGAACAAACUCGUAUUAAAAUGGUGCAGCAGCUUUGUCUAAUCUUCUAACAAUUUUCUCUAGAGAAGAUUUUUAAUUUAAAGUAAAGAGAUUCGAAACAAACAUACAGAACAUGCAAGAUAAGAGGAUAUUUUAAUAACAAAUACGAGAAUUCUCUUCCUCUCUCCAUAAAAUGAAAUUUUUGUAUAAUAUUCGCCUCUCAAUCUUUAAAAAUGUAAAAUUCUAUUCAGAGUUUUUGGCGAAUCGCUUCCAAAUUACGCUAGUCACACAAUUCGCUCACACUUAUGUAAAUGUGAAUAAUAGCAGAGAAAGAUCUCUAGUGUAGCGUCCUUUGCUAGUCACUUGUGUGUAAUAUUUUGAUAUAUAGUUUAGCGAUCAUUCAAGUAUUUAUUUGUGCAAUUGUUUUUCAAGUGACGCUACAACACAAACUCUUAAACUCGUCAACGAAUCUCGUGGAUCAAGACCUCUUUAGAUUAUCUAUAAUUCGCGACAAAAUUCGAGAUAUAAUUCUAUUUAUAAAUUUUAUGUAUCGUGUAAUGCAGAAAACACUUGAACACGUAAAAUACAUACAAAUGAAAAUAUAUAUCAGGAUAUCUGUUAAAACAUGUGAUCUAUAUAAAAUCAGAAAUAAAAUUCUGUCUUGAUUUUUAUCGCGAAUUAUAGACCGUUUAAAGGGGCCUUUAAAAUUUUAUAUAUUCAUAAUUUAUUUAGUGCAAUGUUACAAUUUGUUUUUUUUUUGUACAUAGUCAAAUUCUUUCGGAAAAUUUUUCUGAAACAAUUCGAGUCCUUUGCGUGAUAUCUAUAGGCCAUAUUGAACCCUUAAGGGUCAUAUUUGACCUAUUACUCUUUUUCUCUCACGGUUUCUAUGCAUAUUUUGUUUUACUUUUUUUUUUCAUUCUUACAUUUUUUAUCUUCAGAUUUAUAAUUUUAGUUGAUAUAUAUAGGAAUUAUAAAAAAUGGUCUCUAAGUGACUCUCUCUAAAAUGCUCUCUAAAAAUAAUUUAUUAAUAUUUGCACAAAUUUGAUGGCCUCCUGGACAUAACGAAAAGAUUUCAAGAAACACACGACAUGCAAAGAACAAUUCCAAACACGCAAAGGAUUAAUAUAUCCUAGCUCAAUAAUAUGUAUAAUAUAUCAAAUUUAUUUAUUUAUUUAUUUAUUUUAUAGAGCAAAUCUCUUAGUUUUAGUGACCAUGGUAUGUAAUACUGAGGUCUCCUUUUACACGCGAUAUUCGCAAUUUGAAAAAAAUACUCUAGUCAUAGGAAGGUGUUGUCUCCGGAACCUGUAAUUGAGGCCAGGCAGCAGCGUACCAAAAAGACAAUUAGAACUACUAGUCUCGACGUGCGAUUACGCGAAGUUAAGUCUCGAAGAUAUAUGUAUAGGGUUAUAAAAAAAGAUCUCCAUACUCUUGGAAAGUCUACGUCGCGUUUACAAUUAGAUAGAAAAACUAUAUGUAGCGCUAGUUCUCACACUCGUAAACGACUGAUUCCUUUUUAAUGAAGAAUCUCUCCGAUCAUUGAUAUUGGGUCAUAUUAUACAUAUGAAAUGUUGGAAUAGGUACGACUUUAUGAAAAUUAUUCUCAAUUCGUAAUCCUUUCUACAUUCUUAAAUCUUUUCUUAAAAUAAUUUCGUAUUCUAAGGAAUGCAAAAGAUAUUUCAAAAAUCUUUUCGUUUACAUACAUUUUACUUUGGUUUUCUUAAAUUAUUGAUUGAAAAUUAUUCAUGUAUGUAAAAUGAACAUUUCAUAUGCCUAAUAAUCUAAUAACUAUUCGAUCAGCUGUUGAACUCCUAUUAUAGCGUAGUGUUCUUCGCAUUUGAAUAUAGUUUCUCCAGUACGACGAUUGUGUGAUCGUUCCUUCCUUAUUCAUUUCCAAAUAUGCAGCAAAGUGUGGGAAAAAUUAAAUUCGCAAACAACGUUUGUCAUACAUUUUGCAAUUAUUUAUAAAUAUUUUCGAAAUGCCAUUUGUGGAUGUAUUGAAAAAUGGUGUGCGAAGAAACUAAUUUCAAAACUCAAAUCACAUCUUCAGAGCAGAGAACUCUGAUCUCACAAGUUCAUCAUCUUGUUGAGAGGAACACAAUGUGGCUUUUGUGAAUCCGAUGUCUGUAUCCGCUUAUGAUUUACAGCCAUCGAAUGUUACUGUCUCGUUAAAAUGAAAGAAAUUCGGAUAUUAUAUCUGUAAUAUACUCUGUAUUGUUGUUGUGUGAUUAAAUCGAAAAUCUUAAACAC